CAAGAAGUGUUUUUUUUUCCGACGGGACAACUACAACUUUAAAACCGCGGAGUCAAGUCGGUUCAGAUAUCCAAGCCAAAAUGGUCGAAUGUGGAAUCUGUCUGGAGGACUACCCGGAGGGUGAUUUGGAGCUGCAUCGGGAGAUGUGUGUGGUACGGUUGAUGUUCCGAUGCUCCCUAUGCGACGGGGACUAUGUGAGCAAGGAAGGGCUGUGGAAUCAUCUGGACCUGCAUGAGAUUGCAGAUGAAAGCAAGGAAUUACACUAUCAGGAAAUAAAAGCAAAACACAAAUUGCAUCAAUGCGUUUUGUGUAACGAUCAACGUGCUUAUUCGGAAAGUCCCUACUGGGAGCACGUUCAUGACGUACACGGUGGCUUCUUUUUGCGGUGUUUUGUUUGUGGGGAAAACUUCCGAUCCGAAAAGCUUAAGAAUGAACAUUCCUUUAGUCAUUGUAAGGCCAGGGAUCAAACUGUAACUGCGGGCUGUAAUACCCUGGAAGAGAAACAUCUAUCGCGGGAAGAGCAGAGCAGUAAUGCGACUGAAAAACUUGAUAAACCAUUGAGUGAGCAUUCCCCUGUUAAUUUGAAUACUGCCAACGAUGCGGAUACUAAUGUCAUCGAAAAGGAAGCCGAGUUGCCUACUAAUAAUUCGGAUAAAAGCAAGGAUUUGCUGGCACAAUUAACUUGUGAUACUUGCGGAAUAUCAUUUUCUUCAAAUGGCUUACUUCUUCGUCAUAAGAGGGCAAAAUUCUCGUGCAUGGAAGUAAAGCAGCAAAAAUGUCCCCAUUGCCGGAAAGUAUUCCAGUUCCAGACAAAAGCAUAUGAAGCACACGUUCGCUUAUGUAAGAAGAAAAAAUUUGCUUGUAAAUUAUGUCCUUGGAAGUUUCAAUUUUCAAAGAGUCUUGCGAAGCACAUGAAGAAUCGUCAUCGUCGUAAAGGAGCUUUAACAAACGAAAAGCAAGAUCAAAAUCAUGUUAAGAAUGUUAAGGAAAAACCAUCCUCUAGCUCGAAAUUGGACAUCGGAGAUAAGAGUGGGCAACUGCUGGUCGAGAAUCCUUCAAGUAUAUCAUCCGGCACCUUGUCUGGGACAAAGUGUAUUCACUGUGAUAAAGAGUGUGUUACGGCCAGAUAUUUACGUCAACACAUCUUACAAUCUCAUCACCCGACGAAGUGUAAAAUUUGCGGUAUCAUUUCGGAAGGCUCUUCUAGAGCCGGAUAUCAUAAGAUUAUGAAACACACGAAACCGAAGUACGAGUGCGCUAACUGUUCGGAGAAAUUCCACGUCUUGAAACUUUAUAAGCGUCAUUCAAAUGUUUGUGAUUCUGUUCAGGGUGACUUCUCGAGUCACAAGAGUUCUGAUGAACUUAGCCUGAAAGACAAGAGUGACCCAAUAGUGACGGCAGAGAAUUGUUCGAGUGAAGCAUCCUGUAGCAAAUGUUCCCACUGUGGAAUAGAAGAGUCCAGCGCUGUCACCCUAGCUCGUCACAUUCUGAUCCACCAUGAGCCAGCAGUCGCUUGUGAUCUCUGUGGAAUUACUUUACCCAGUCUUUCCCAGGCUCUGCAGCAUAAGUCAACGAAGCACAAGACAGUGACGUUCAAAUGUUCACAUUGUUUGAUGCAGUUUACCGGGAGAAUGCACUUUAAAAAUCAUGUAUCCAAAUGUGAGAAAAAGACAGUUCCCUGUGAGAUUUGUGGUAAAAUGUAUGAAAAUGUAAUUUCUAGCCAACAUAGACGAAACGGUUGCCGUGUAUACAAAAUGAGCAAAGAGCAAAAGCAGAAUAAUUCCGAGACAUCGCCUCUUGGUAAAUCCCAAACAAAAUGUUACUACUGCAACGAAGAGUUUCCCAGUCCAGGGCAAUUCUAUCGUCACUUGCAAAUUUGCCAUGAGCUGACCAAAUGUGAAAUCUGCGGAAUAACUAUUCUCGGUAUAUCAGCAAACAGAUAUCAUAAGAUACAAUCCCACACAGAACCGAAAUACGAGUGUCCAACUUGUGGGACAAAGUUUCACCGCAAAACAAAAUAUGAUGCACAUUGGUUACUGUGUGAGCAAGGGAUGCAUUCAUGUAAAUUAUGUGAUCGCAUGUUCAAAAGAAUGGGCACACUCAAUCGGCACACUAUGCUAUAUCAUCCCGAUGAGAGCAGUUUGGAAAAUCUGCAAAUGGAAAUCAUAGCAGGCGAAACUACGAUAUCGGCACGUGAUGAUCAAGGACAAUCAACGGUUAAUCCAUCCUCCAAAGAUGAUGAUUCAAAUUCUCAAUUGAAUGAGCUUUCAUUGGAUAACUUGAACGAUGAUGACUCAAUGGAUAGCCAAGGGAUCGACAAGGAAUCAGAGAGAUGCAAAAUCUGUGGCGAUAUUUUCCCUAGUUACAAGCAAGUCAACUAUCAUAUGCUGAUAAAACACAUGGAAGGAAAGCUCCAAUGUCCUCACUGUCCGAAGAAAUUUCACUUUAAAGAGAGGCUCCAAAAACAUUCUUCAUGUUGUGCACGUUUAAAAUAUUCAUGCAAAUUGUGUGGUGAAAAGUUCAAAUACCUAAAAAGUUUAAAGAAGCACAAGAAACGAGUUCAUCGUGGCAACAAACAUAAAUCGAAAGCGAAAAUUGAAGACGCUGAUUGCACUGCAGAGCGAAAGCAGAAGAGAGAUGCGGCUCAUGGGAUGACUAUUUGCAUCGUUUGCAACAUGACGUUCGCCAGUAUUGAUGAGCUCAUAAUACAUAAGCUAACCUGUCCUAAGCCCGCUAAAGAGCACGAUGAUUCUCAAUGUGGCGCAGAGGAAGAGAAAGUUCAAACUGAGUCCACGAAUGUUCCGCAAGGUAAGAAUAUUGAACUCACCCUGAAAGACAGCAGUGACCCACAAGAGGCGGCAGAGAAUCCUUCGAGUAAAGCAUCCCGCACCAAAUGUUCCCACUGUGGAUUACAAGAGUCUAGUGCUGCCGCCCUAGGUCGUCACAUUCUAGUCCACCAUGAUCCAGUCGCAUGUGAUCUCUGUGGACUUACUUUGCCCAGUCUUGUCCAGGCUCAGCAUCAUAAGAAAACGAAGCACAUGUACUCGAAGCUCAAAUGUAUACAUUGUUCGAUGCGGUUUCCCGGGAGAUUGACCUUAAUAAAGCAUGUAUCCAAAUGUGAGAAAAAAAUCAUUCCCUGCGAGUUUUGUGGUAGAAUGUUUGAAAAUGAAGCAGCUGUUAAAAACCAUUGGCGCGUCGUUUGCCGUGCAUAUAUAAAGAGCAAGGAGGAAAAGCUGAAGAAUACCGAGUCGAGUCUAUGCGAUGAGAGUGAUUCUCCAUCCGGAAUGGAGAAAAUUGCACCGCCUCUUGUUGAAAGCGGCUUAUCCCAAACAAAAUGUUACUACUGUACUAACAAAGAAUUGUUCAGUCCAGGGCUUUUAAAUCAUCACCUGCAAAUAAGCCAUGAGCUGACCAAAUGCGAUAUCUGCGGAAUAACUAUUCUUGGUAUAUCACCGUCCAACAAUCAUAAGAAAAAAUGUCACCUUGAACCGAAGUACGAGUGCCCAACUUGUGGGGAAAAGUUUCACCGCAAAACAAAAUAUAACGAUCAUUGUUUUCUGUGUGAGCAUAAGAUGUAUUCAUGUACAUUAUGUGGACGCACGUUCAAACAAGCCCACUCAAUCAAAUUCCAUAAUAAGCGAUAUCAUCCAGGUGAGAGCAGUUUGGCAAAUCUACAGAUCGUCCAAGAUGAAGAACUAGUCCAGAAAAAUAAUAGGUAUUCAUGUAAAUUAUGUGGACGUACGUUCAAACAACCCCACUCAGUCAAGCGGCAUAGUAAGCAAUGUCAUCCAGAUGAGAGCAGCAAUGAUCUGCAAAUGGUUGGUGAUGAUCAAGGACAAUCAACGGUUAAUCUAUCCUCCAAAGUUGAUGUUUCAGAUUCUCGAUCGAAUGAGCAUUCUUCGGCUAAUUUGAACGAUGAUGACUUAAUGGACAGCCAAACUAUCGAAAAAGAACCCCGGGUGGUUCCAGAGAAACCCUCGCAGCCAUUGGUUGAUAAUGCAUCAAAGCAUCUAUUUUCGUGCAACAUCUGUGGCAUUAAUUUUUCUAGCUAUUACCAAAUCAAUUAUCAUAUGGUGACAAACCACACGGAAGCAAAGUUCGAAUGUCCGCAUUGUUCGAGGAAAUUUCAUUUUAAAACUAGAUCAGAACAGCAUGCGGCAAGUUGUGCCAGCUUAAAACAUUCAUGUGAAUUGUGUGGUCAAAAGUUUAACCUCCUCAGCAGAGUAGAGAAGCACAAAAAACGAGUUCAUCGUGGUGACAAACAUUUAGGCAACGUGAAUAUCGAAGGCGCAGUUUGCACUGAGCAAAACGGUGUCGAGAAUAUUAAUCUUGAUUUGGACAUUAAAGUAGAGGAAACAAUGCUGCAAGAACAGGAAUAUCAAGUUACAAAUGAACAACCAGGGAGAUCGUCCGCCACAGCUUUGCAUCCGCACGGUGAUAAAUCGAAGGACGUUGAAGCUGAAGAUGCUGAAGAUCCCGAUAAUGAAAUCAAAGUCAAAGAAGAAUACCUAGAAGAUGAAGACGAGAUCCUUGCUGAACAUCAGACCAGCGAUCGAAACGAAUCCCUUGUGGGAGCUGGUGAUCAAUUAUGGUCGUGCUCAGUUUGUGGACUUACCUUUGGGACCAAACCCAAAAUGAAGUAUCACAUGGUCGCAUCUCAUUUAGAGCCACGAUACAAAUGCUCUGCUUGUGAAAAGAUGUUUCAUUUCACUUGCUUUCUGCGUCGUCAUGAGAAAAGCUGCUUAGAAAUGCGAUGCAGAAAAUGUGGUAUCAAGUUUGCUACACGUCGUCAGCUACAUAAUCAUAAUAUUGAUAAGCAUCCCCAUGAUGGUAAAUCGAAGGACGUCGAAGCAUCUUCGGAAGAUCUUGAGAAUGGCAUCAAAGUCCAAGAGGAAUACCCUGAAGUUGAAGAGGAGAUUCUUACUGAACAUCAGAGUACAACGGAAUCUGCGGAAGGUCAUGAAGCUCUUAGCGAUGAAAAUGAGCCUCUUGCGAAUGUCCGUUCAAUGAUAGCCAAGAGAAAACCUCCUUUAAAGCGCAAAAAGCUUUCCUCGGGUCGUUCCGAAACCCGUAAAUCAAAGACAAUAAGGUUGAAAGAUGAAAAAUGAAUUGGUUAGAAUAGAGUUCUCUAGGUGCACAAGAGUGGGCGUGAGACUGUAGGGAUGCUUUUAAAGUAGCUGGGCGUUCUUCUUCCUAUUUUUUUUUAAAUAUUGACGUUGGACUUAAGUGUUCGUGUGAUUGUGCUUGGAGAUCUCUAUACACAAAUGCCAAUAUGUAUGGCUGCAGAAUCAGUCAGUGCAGAAAAACAUAUUCGAAAGCAGGUUUUACUUUAAGCAGUUUCAAUGCUGAAAUAUAUUUAUUUAUGUUAAGAGAGAUCUCGAAGCACGAUCUCACGAACACUAAAGUUAAACGCCGAAACAGUCUCACGCACACUCUUGUGCAUCUGGAGAACAUCUGCUUACUAAUUAUAUCAGCAGUUCUCAAACCUUUUCCGAAUGCGACUCACUAUGAGAAAUGCCAAAAGCUCGCGACCCACCAAUACGGAUGUUGAAGGUUAAAAUGACCAUAAAAAAUGCCUUCAAACUACAGGAUUGCCUGGAAACCAAUAACAGAAUGGCAUUGAAACGGCUUAUAAACUUCAAAAUAGUACUGAAAUUACCUGAAAUAGUAAUCGAAACACUUGAGUAAUAUUAAAACUUAUUAUAAAAGCACGUCAACACGAUGAAAUUGUGAGAAAACACCUGACCAAAUGCCUUAAAUCACUAAAAAAAUCCUUCAAAUAUUGAAAUAUUGAAACAUCCUUAAAUCUCUCAAAGAAAUUUUCCAAACGCCGGAAUA